UUCCCAAAUUACAAUAUACAGAAAACUUUUGCUUUUUGGGAUUUUCCACAUCGAAUCGAAUCCUUGUUUGUUCAAAAAUUAGUAAAUUAUAGUAAUAAUGGAUUUCCAAAACGCGGAAUCGAUCUAUCCUUCCCAAUGAUGCGUCGCCGCGUGGGCUCGCGUUUUGUCCGCAUUCAAUCCAAUUUUGCGUGUUUCUGGAAUCGGCAGGAGCUGAAGAGGUUCAAUUGUGAGUACAUAGAUAGCGGAAUUCGUGUCUGAGAAGCUGUUUUGUAAUUUGGGGGGACGAAUCGGUGGAGAAGAUGAAGCUCUGUGUGAUGAUGGGUAAACCCAAACCCUGCUCUUCUGGUCUGCUUCUGGUAGUCUCAGUUAUCGCGAUUUUGUGGUUCUGUUCAUCGUCAGUUGUGGCUGGUGAGGUUGGAAACGGCGUCGUUUUGCGGGGGAUUCAGAGGUCUUUGUUGGAAGUAAACGACACGUCCGGGAAUUCGUCAUCGUUGAUUUUGGCUGAAGGAAGAACUCGCCGGAAAGAUCCGCUCGACAAUCUCCAUUAUUACACCGGCGGAUGGAAUAUCAGCAACGAACAUUACUUCGCUUCUGUUCUCUACACUGGAUCAGCUCUGUUCCUCAUUGCCGCAAUAUGGUUUAUCGGAUUCGGAAUUUUCUUGCUACUGGUCUGUAUGUACUUUUGCUGCUGCAGGCGUAGGCGUUAUGGCUACUCUCGAUUCGCCUACGCAUUAUCACUCGUUUUACUGCUGUUGUUCACAAUCGCUGCAAUAGUCGGUUCGAUUGUUCUCUACACGGGACAAGGGAAGUUUCACGAGAGUACAAGAAGCACGCUUGAUUACGUUUUAAGACAGGCGAAUUCGACCGAACAAAACCUAAAGAACGUUUCGAAUUAUCUCACGGCCGCCAAAAGCAUUCGAGUCGAACAAGUUUCACUCCCGCAAGACAUGCAGCGGAAAAUCGACGACGUGAAUCGAUUGAUCACGACGGCAGCCGACACGCUCGAUAGCGCCACCAACAAUAACAAAGAUGAUAUAUACCGAUAUUUGGAUGCUGUCGGCCUCAUUCUCAUUAUAGUCGCGGCUGUGAUGCUCGCCCUCGCGUUCUUCGGUUUCUUGUUGUCCAUCUCCGGGCUGCAAUGUCUCGCUUACAUAUUGGUUGUGAUCGGUUGGAUUCUCGUCGCCAUCACUUUCAUUCUAUGCGGCGUAUUUCUCGUCCUUCACAAUGUCGUCGGGGAUUCGUGCGUUGCGAUGAACGAGUGGGUACAGAACCCGGCAGCGCACACGGCGCUUGACGACAUAAUCCCGUGCGUCGACAAGGGCGCGGCGCAACAGGCGCGCGACCAGAGCAAGCAAGUCACCUACCAAACGGCAGAGCUCGUCAAUGGAAUCAUCCGGAACAUAUCGAACUCGAACCCGCCCCGGGGCGUCGUCCGGCCGCCGCUGUUCUACAACCAGUCGGGCCCGCCGGUCCCGCUCCUCUGCAACCCGUACAAUCCCGAUCUGACCGACCGCCCGUGCUCGACUGGAGAAGUCGAUCUGACCAACGCGACCGACGUGUGGAGGAACUUCGAGUGCCGGGUGGAUUCGAACGACGUGUGCACGACCGUUGGCCGUCUGUUCCCGACGAUGUACGGUCAGAUGAGCGUCGCCGUAAACGUGAGCUACGGGCUGACCGAGUACGGCCCAUUCCUCACCGACCUCGUCGAUUGCACGUUUUUGCGGGACACGUUUACGGUGAUCCACAACGAGCAUUGCCCGGACCUCCGGCGGUACAGCCGGUGGGUUUAUAUCGGGCUGGUGAUGGUUUCGGUGGCGGUGUUGCUGUCGCUAAUUCUUUGGGUGUUGUAUGCCCGGGAGCGGCGCCACCGGAAGUAUACGAAGCUCGUUGACUCGCAAACGCCGGCGGCGCCGCCGCCGCCGGCGGUGGCUGGUUGAAUUUCAGGUGGAGGUUGUGGUUUCUAUAUAUAUGUAUGUAUGAAGGUGAGUUUGUGUAGAUGAAAUUCAAAUUCAAAUUUGACUUGAAUUUGGGUUUGCAUUUGUUUGUUAUUAGUUGAUGUUGAUUAAUUUAUAUGACUCAUUUGCCCUUUGCGGGAAUUGUAGCGAUUAUUUUAACGCAGGGACAUUUUCGACGUUUUGAAAUUUGAGAAU